AUGGCGCCCAAAGAACUUAAUUUCAUCACCGGCAACAAGAACAAAUUGGCGGAAGUGCAGGCCAUUCUUUCCGUCACGCCCGUGAAACUACAGAAUCAAGCAUUGGAUCUCCCCGAACUACAAGGCACGAUUGAGGAAAUUUCAAUCGACAAAUGCAAUCGUGCUGCUGAAGCGGUUCAAGGGCCCGUGUUGGUCGAAGACACAUGUCUCUGCUUCGACGCUUUCGGCGAGCUUCCAGGUCCCUAUGUCAAAUGGUUCUUGCAAUCCCUCGGCGUCGAACAGUUCCACAAAUUGCUCGCAGGCUUCGAAAACAAGGCUGCUCAAGCGGUCUGCACAUUCGCCUACUCAGAGGGACCGGGUCAUAAACCGAUCAUUUUCCAAGGUAGAACUAAAGGUACCAUCGUGCCUGCUCGUGGCCCGACAAAUUUUGGCUGGGAUGCAUGUUUCGAGUACGAUGGGCAAACAUACGCAGAAAUGCCCAAAGAAGAGAAGAACAAGAUUUCGCAUCGCGGGAAGGCAUUAGCCAAACUGGUCGAAUGGCUUCAACAGGAAGUAUAA